AGAAAACAGGACAGACAGGUCAGACAGACAGAAACAACAGAGAAUCCUCACCCUCACUAACAGUUAUGGGUUCAGCAUUGCACUUCAUCCUGCUUCUCUCAGGACUGUGGACUUUCACCAUGGGGGAAUAUCAUCAGUUUUAUGUGGUGAACACAGAGCUGAACUGGACCGAUGCUCAGGCGUACUGCAGAGCGAUUUUCACUGACCUGGCAACCAUCGAGAGUGAUGAAGAGAUGAAUACUGUAAAAGCCAUGAUUAAUGGGAGUGGUGGUGAUUUCUGGAUAGGAAUGAGGCAGAUUGAUAGCAAUUGCUACUGCUCAGCCAGUUAUAACAAUAGGUCCUGGGUCUGGUCAGAUCAGUCUUGUGUCUCAUACUUUAACUGGAAAGAUGGAGAGCCAAACAACGCUGGGACUAAUAACUGUGUAACAAUAAGAGACAAUAAUAAAUGGAAUGAUGCAGGCUGCUUCUGGACUUACAAAUUUGUCUGCUAUAAAAAGCGAACUCCACUGAUCGUGAUUAAAGAGGAGAAGACAUGGAAAGAAGCCCUGAGGUUCUGCAGACAGAAUCAUGUGGAUCUGGUGUCUGUUCAGUCACAGGAAAUGCAGAACAGGGUGGAAGUAGUCACUCAAAAUGUCUCCACCAAUGUUCCAUCACGUGUGUGGAUUGGUCUGCGUCACACCUGUGCUCAGGGCUUGUGGUACUGGGUGGCAGGAGAACCCAUCUGCUACCAAAACUGGGCUCCAGGUAAUGGAACCGGAGUGGAAGACUGUGGUGAUGGGGAGAGAACCGGAGCGAUUCUGUCUGACAGUAAGAAGUGGAUCAGCCUGCCAGAGACUCAAAAACUCCCCUUCAUCUGUGUCACCUUCUAGUGGAGACUACUAGAAGUGAACACAUGAAGUUCAGCUGGAUCCUCACAGUUCAGGACCAGACAUUUCUUUUUUAACAUGAUUCUACUCCACUUUAUUGACAUGCAAUAAAAUGAUUAAAGAAAUGAUUAAAGAAAAGACAAUAAUAUUGUCUUUACUCUUAGCGACUAAUUAUUACUAGAAUAAAUUGAGUCUUUCCUUUUGAUCUCAUGGGCUAUAUUGUAUUAGCAGUAAUGCAUUGGUUAGCUGUUUCGUGUUUUAUUAAUAUUUUUUUAUUUGCUUAGUUGGGAAUUAAUUCGUUACAUGUAGCAAUGGUACAAGGCAACUGUCUCACCUACACUAAUACAGCCUGGCAGAUUAUACAGUAAUUUCCAAACAAUGUAUUUUUUUCUAGUAAGAAUAUAUAUAUUUUUCUGUAUAAUAUAAUGGACCUGUCAUAGUAAUAGUGACAUUGUAAUAGUGUGUAGCGUGACAAAUCUAUCUACAGUAAAUAACUAUUUCUAAAUAUUAACCAAUAGUAGUAGUGUGAGCCUUCUCCAUAUCUCUUAUAAUUUGAUACAGUUUUGUAGCAGCACUGGCAGCUUAAUAAAGAAUUAUUUUACACAAGAAAUGUUUUAAUGUUACAGCAGUUUUUUUAUUUUUUAUUUGACUACUUCUGUCAU